AUGUGCAGCCGAGGGACUGCAUCAUCCAAAGAAGUGUGCUACUAUUGCAGAGCACUGAACGUUUCAAUUCCUGAUGCUGCACCAGAUGCUGCAGACGAGGAAGCGCCGAAUCCAGGGAUGCUGUUCACCGCCUUCGGCCGGAAUGCUCUGCACAGAUCGACGCUGACAAAUGUGGACGAAUUUGUUGCCGUCCAUGGGGCGACGCCUUUUACAACGAUUCCGUUCUUUAGUGUCUCCCGCAUAUUUCCGGACCCUAUGCACAUUAUUGACUUGACCAUAGUGCCAGAUCUAGCCAUUGCACUACUUCUCGAUUGGACAGACGACAAAAAGUUCGUUGAUGAGAGUAGCCGGCAACUACGCUUGCAAAGAUUGGGCGAGGACUAUCGCUCUUGGGUCGGCAACUCCAGCGACCGGGCCAACCAGAAGUUGUUUACAGUGGAUGUGCUCAAACCAGGAUCGAAUGCAUUUGCUGCAGUAUCACAGCACUUCAUCAGCGCAGCUGCUGCCAGGGGACUGCUUGUCUGGCUGUCAAAGGUCGCAGACCAUUUCGCCUCAGAGAACCCAAGCCGUGAGGAUUUGCCACGCGAGCGUUGA